AUGUGUCAGCACUCUCCACACGAGUUUCAGAAUGAUGGUGAAUGGAGCACAGACAACAUAGUUGGAUUCCUAUCAGCACCUGCAUCAAAAUCAACUUUGGGUACUAUGCCAUCCUUCAUUCCUAGGAAAAAAAAGGCAAAAGCAUUUCCAGGUCAGAAAAUUUUGGUCUCUACUUCCAAUUUUGUUGUGGUCGUGAUCUCCACCAUGGCAACCAAAUUAAAGGGAAUCUACAAGAGUUUCAAAUACAUCACCCAAAUAUUUGUUGUGAAGGAGCGGGAGAUGGAAAUUGGGUACCCGACAGAUGUUAAGCAUGUGGCUCACAUUGGAUGGGAUGGCCCUUCAGGAACUGGACCCAGUUGGAUGAAUGAUUUUAAAACAGCCCCUGAUUUUUCAACGUCACUUGGUAACUUGGGUGAACUAAGUGACCCCAAUGCUAUGGCUGUCACUGCAUCAUGGUCCUCCCAAGAUUUUGAAGAGUCCAUAGGAAGCCAAUCAUCAUCUAACAUUUACAAAGGCAUCCAAUCUGCAGGGGUUUCUCAUGUUUCUAAGAAAUCCAAGAAGAAAAAGACGAAAUCAGUUUCUUCUUCUGAAUCGCUAUCUGCUUCAUCAAGACAGUCAAGAUUAAUAAAGUCAAAAGCUACAUAUAGUGACAGAGAAGGAACACCAAUUUCUCAAAACUAG